AUGUCAGUAUCAUUGCCUCCCGAUUUUGAAUGGGGAUUUGCAACAGCUUCAUAUCAGAUUGAGGGAGCUGUGAAGGAAGGUGGGCGCGGAGAAUCAAUCUGGGAUACUUUCUGUCAUCUUGGGCCUACAAGGACCAAAGGAGCCAAUGGAGACAUCGCUUGUGACCACUACCAUCGAUUUGAGGAGGAUUUCGACCUUCUCUCCAAGUACGGUGCAAAAGCAUACCGAUUCUCAAUUUCCUGGUCACGGAUUAUUCCACUAGGAGGGAGAAAUGACCCAGUGAACGAAUCGGGCAUUGCGUUUUAUGACAAACUCAUCGAUUCACUGCUUGCUAGGGGAAUCACGCCAUGGGUCACUCUCUACCAUUGGGAUCUUCCUCAAGCCAUUCAUGAUAGAUACGGAGGUUGGUUAAAUGUGGAGGAAUCACAGCUUGACUUUGAGCGGUACGCACGAAUUUGUUAUGAGAGUUUUGGAGACCGAGUCAAGAAUUGGAUCACACUGAAUGAGCCGUGGAUUGUUUCCAUCUUUGGAUACGCUACUGGUGGAAAUGCGCCCGGACGAAGCAGUAUCAAUCCGCAGUCCACAGAGGGCGACACUACUACAGAGCCGUGGGUUGUCGGAAAAGCCUUGAUCAUGAGCCACGCUCGCGCCGUCGCAUUGUAUAACCGGAAGUUCCGCGCCUCUCAACAAGGAAAGAUUGGAAUCUCCUUAAAUGGCGACUACUACGAACCUUGGGACAGUCAGGACGAGCGCGACCAGCAAGCUGCUGAGCGCCGGAUGCAGUUCCACAUUGGAUGGUUUGCGAACCCUGUUUGUCUAGCACAUGACUACCCCGAAUGCAUGAGAGCACAACUCGGCAAGAGACUGCCUAGCUUCACAGAGUCGGACUUUGCUCUUCUCAGAGAGGCCGACAUGGACUUCUACGGAAUGAACUACUACACCUCCCAAUUUGCCCGGCAUCGGGACGAGCCUGCGCUCGAGACCGACUUCAUGGGGAACAUGGAUGAACUACAAGAAAACAAGCAAGGUGUAUCAGUCGGAGAGAAAAGUGGUGUGCAUUGGCUCCGGUCAACCCCAGAGCUUUUUCGGAAGCACUUGACGCGAGUAUAUCGUACAUAUGGCAAGCCUAUCUAUAUCACAGAGAACGGGUGCCCAUGUCCUGGUGAGGAUAGGAUGACAUGCGAAGAGGCCGUCAAUGAUACCUACCGAAUCCAAUACUUCAAUGACCAUCUCGAUGCGGUCGGAAGAGCACGCGCUGAGGAUGGCUCUAAUAUCAAAGGAUAUUUCGCGUGGUCAUUGAUGGAUAACUUAGAAUGGUCCGAUGGAUACGGGGUUCGCUUCGGCGUUACCUUCACGGAUUACAAUACCCUGGAAAGAACACCGAAGCAAUCUGCUUUGCUGCUGAAAGGCAUGUUCGAUGAACGCAUGGGUGUGAAUGCUUCCGGGUCUCAGUAG